UAAUUGCGUCACACCACCAAGAGAUGGCGGCUGCUUGGAAGCAUGUUUUGAGACUAGGUUCUCGGCCCUCAGCUAGGCUCCAGUGGGCAAGGUGCUACACCGCUCCAGGGGGCCAGGGUGGCUGGGGUGGCCACAAAUCACAGGCCCAGAUCGUGGAGGAGGACAGGCAGGCGGCCCUCAAGGAGCUAGAGCCACUGAAACUACCGAGGAAGAUUGCCGAGUACACGGGGAACGUGAUGUACCCCAACGAAGAGUCUGCAGUCUGGGACGUCGACAGUAUGUGCUAAUGUAGUUGGAGAUAGUUAGAGUUGUUUUGUGAGCCACUAUGAUGAAUCGGUUCUUAUACACUUCCUUGUCACACAGCACUACCCCCAGAACAACCGCAGGACAAGAAACACAACAAAUAGUCACUGCAAAAACCAAACAUUAAACUUGCUGAAUAACACCACACACCAACAGACUCUAUCUUUGUAUCACUAAAAUAAAACUACUUUGUCGUUAAUUUUGUGUACAAAGAGUUAUUAUCGCCCAUGAUUGGUGUUGUGUUCCCCCAGGACCAGUGCCUGGGAAGCAGCUGACAAAUAUGACAGUCAACUUUGGACCACAGCACCCAGCUGCUCACGGAGUACUCCGACUGGUGAUGGAGCUUAGUGGAGAGACGGUGGAGCGAUGCGAUCCUCAUAUUGGACUACUGCACAGAGGAACAGAGAAACUCAUUGAGUACAAGACUUACAUGCAGGGACUCCCGUAUUUCGACCGACUGGACUACAUGUCAAUGAUGUGCAAUGAGCAGGCCUACUCACUGGCCAUUGAGAAACUGAUGGGCAUUGACAUUCCACCGAGGGCAAAGUUCAUCCGCACCAUGUUCGGGGAGAUUACUCGUCUUCUGAACCACUGCCUGGCUGUGGGGGCCCAUAUCCUGGACCUGGGGGCCACCACUCCCUUCGUCUGGGUCACUGAGGAGAGAGAAAAGAUGUUUGAGUUCUAUGAGAGGGUGUCAGGAGCCAGGAUGCACGCGGCCUACGUGAGACCGGGAGGAGUGGCCCAGGACCUCCCUCUGGGGCUCAUGGAUGACAUUUACAGCUUCUGUGUAAACUUCACUGCCAGGGUUGAUGAGUUGAUGGAGGGAGGUGAGCGUUGCCCUGCUCAGAGUGCGGGGUGAGUGCGCGUGGUAUAUG